GCCAGGCUGGGAGGCGAGACGCGGACACACACACUCAGCCGGGGCCGGGCGCGCAGCAGCUGCAGCAGCAGAGGAGGAGUGGGGGCGGCUUCCUCCCAGCCAGGGGCAGGAGCAGCGCAUGGAGAGCAGCGCCCGGCAAGCUGCCUGAGCCUGCCUGCUGUCCUUCCCCAGCUCCUAGCACCGCCUCCUCUCCUUUCCUCUCCUCGCCUCUCUCCGGCGCCCCAGGCCCGGGCGGGGCGGGGCGGCCCGCGUGCUCCCCGCUGGGGGGUGGCUGUAGUAAGCGUGGGAACUCGUCUCAGUCCCGCGGAGGAGCCGCCGCGCCACUUGGCAAGAGCACGAGGCAGGCGAGAAGGAGCAGCGCCCCGGAGCAGGAGCCGAGCCGGGGCGAUGUGAAGGGAUUUCCUCACAUGUAUUUUUUCCCAAGUCUCUUUGAAUCCUACAUAAUACAAGACUGGGGUUAUGAAGUCAAUCCUAGAUGGCCUCGCAGACACAACUUUCCGAACAAUUACAACAGAUCUUCUUUACAUGGGUUCCAACGAUAUCCAGUACGAAGAUAUUAAAAGUGACAUGGCCUCCAAACUAGGAUACUACCCACAGAAAUUCCCAUUAUCUUCCUUCAGGGGUGAUCCUUUCCAAGAAAAAAUGACUGCAGGAGAUGAUCCCCUAUUAAGUAUCAUUCCAUCGGAUCAGAUCAAUAUUACAGAUUUUUACAACAAGUCCCUAUCCACUUUCAAGGAUAAUGAGGAGAAUCUACAAUGUGGGGAGAACUUCAUGGAUAUGGAGUGCUUUAUGAUUCUAAACCCCACCCAGCAGCUGGCCAUUGCAGUGCUGUCCCUUACCCUGGGCACCUUCACCGUUCUGGAGAACCUUCUUGUGCUGUGUGUUAUCCUGCACUCUCGAAGCCUCCGGUGCAGGCCUUCCUACCAUUUCAUUGGCAGCUUGGCAGUGGCUGACCUCCUGGGCAGUGUAAUUUUCGUCUACAGUUUUGUUGAUUUCCAUGUUUUCCAUCGGAAAGACAGUCCUAAUGUGUUUCUGUUCAAGUUGGGUGGAGUUACAGCCUCAUUCACUGCCUCAGUAGGCAGCCUUUUCCUUACUGCAAUAGACAGGUACAUAUCUAUACACAGGCCACUAGCUUACAAAAGAAUUGUUACCAGGCCAAAGGCUGUCGUAGCAUUCUGUGUGAUGUGGACCAUAGCUAUCGUAAUAGCUGUUCUUCCUCUGCUCGGCUGGAACUGCAAAAAACUCAAUUCUGUUUGUUCAGACAUCUUCCCUCUCAUUGAUGAGACCUAUCUAAUGUUCUGGAUUGGGGUCACCACUGUACUCCUGCUGUUUAUUGUAUAUGCCUAUAUGUACAUAUUGUGGAAAGCUCAUAGUCAUGCUGUUAGAAUGAUUCAGCGUGGCACUCAAAAAAGCAUAAUAAUUCAUACCACAGAGGAUGGUAAAGUACAUAUUACUAGACCUGAUCAAACUCGUAUGGACAUCAGGUUAGCCAAAACCUUGGUCCUUAUUCUGGUGGUUUUAAUCAUAUGCUGGGGCCCUCUACUUGCAAUUAUGGUGUAUGAUGUCUUUGGGAAAAUGAACAAGCUCAUCAAGACUGUCUUUGCAUUCUGUAGCAUGCUCUGUUUGAUGAAUUCAACAGUGAAUCCCAUCAUCUAUGCUCUAAGAAGCAAGGACUUGAGACAUGCUUUCCGGAGCAUGUUUCCAACCUGUGAAGGGACUACGCAGCCUCUUGAUAACAGUAUGGAGUCUGACUGCCAGCACAAACAUGCUAACAAUGCAGGUAAUGUUCACAGGGCAGCUGAAAGCUGUAUUAAGAGCACAGUUAAGAUCGCCAAAGUGACCAUGUCUGUCUCCACAGACACAACUGCAGAGGCAUUGUAAAUCAAAGCCCUCUCAACAUUGUGAGAAUAGAAGUUGGUUUAAAAUAAACAAAAAAUACAUGACCUAAAGCUUUUGUUCCUUCACCUGUAACAUUUUUAAGUUUGUCAUAAUAAGCUAUACAAUGAUUGUUUUAAGAAUCAUUGCCAUCAGCCAAUCCUCCAAGUUUAACAAUUAGGGAUUCAAACUAUUUUAAAAAAAGAGAAGUUUUCAAUUAAAGAAAGUGCUCAUUGAAUAAUAAAGUAUAAAACUCUGGCAGAACGUACAGAAAAUGUCAAACUAGCAACAAUUCCUUCAGAAGUUACUGGGGGUGGAGUGGAAGGGAAUCUGAAAACUUGUGAAACCUAAUUGAAAACUAAAACAUCAUAAAGCCAUGUCAUCAAAUAAGAAAGCCUUGUAAUCAUAAUGUUCAUUCCAUUGUGAAAUGUAUUAAAUGUCUAUAAGUCAUAGAAGUUUUCAUUUCUUUCCAAAAAGCGGCAGUACUAAGUUUUAGAGGUUCUGUAAAAUGUGUUGUGUCCUGUGAAAUGUAUACUGUUUUAUUACUUGUUACUGAUAUUUGUCUAACUAAACCAAGUGAUAACGUAAACUUGUGUGGAAAUAAUGUGAAAUAUGUGUUAUGUAAACCCCAUUGAAAAUACCUUCUGUAUUUGAAGAACUCCUAUGAGCUAUUUUGGAAAUUUUACACGUUUAGUAGGCUUCUGUGGAUUUAGAGGAAAGGCAUUGUAUUUCUUCAACUAAAAUUAUUUGACAUUUGAAAUCCCCAUUAAUUUUAACUUUCAUCUGUGUACAAGAAUAACAGCAACAAGGGAAUAUAGACUAGCACUGCAGAGAAAGGAAUGCACUGGUUCAGACUUUUAAAUACCACUGCGUUUAAACAUAAGGACAUUUAUUGCCUUACGGACUAUGCCUUUCUGGUGGGCAUUAUGUAAAUAUGAACAGUAAAAAGAAAAGGUACUGGAUACUGGCUUCUUUAAUUGGCAACUGCUAGCACUGGACCUCUGAAAACAGCAUGUGUCAGAUUCAGUGUAUAAUGUUAUCACUGGUGUUGAUAUAUACUUGAACUGUGCUGCAUUCCUAUAUCCCAGGACUAAACAGAUUUAAAGCCUGAGAUGCCAAACUCCAGUCUUCACUAAACAAGGAGCAAGUAUUGUCAAAAUUAGACAUUUUUUAUGUUUGAGCGUGUAUAUAAAUAAAUAUCUGUGUGUGUGUGCUCACGUGUGUGUGUACGUAUACUAAGUAAACAUGGGUCACAGUAGUAUUACUAAGAUAGGAAACUGUGACCAAAUGUAAACUAUGUCCUGUUGCACUCUUUGCACAUAAAUUCUGUUCCUAAAAUUGAGUUCUUCCAGCUGAUGUGCUGAACAUACUAAUUGUAAGAUUCAGAACAUACUUGUAGAUCCACACUGAGAGACUUAUCCAUGUAUUAGAGAAACUAACCUUUUAGUUUUACUCGAGAACAAGGCAAAAAAACAAUCAGGAGGAAAGGGCAGGAGGCAAAAUAUGCUGUGAACAAAAAUAAACAGAAAAUCAGUAUUUACAGUGUUAAAAAAAUUGAGAAUGUUAGAGAUAAGACUUUUUUUCCCCCCAAAAAAGUCCUUGAGUAUUAAAUCUAUUUGCUUGAAAUCAGAUGUGUCUCACUGUAAAAACAGGGUAUCAAUGAUGAUAGAAACCGGAAACCAUCAUAAUUAAGGCAAAGAAAGAGUUUUUAGAUCCAAAGGUGCCAUUCCAUUUUAUAAUAAAUUUUUAAAACCUUGGAUUUUUUUGUAGUAAAGAAUGUAAUUAAAUCACCUUCCUGACAUGGAUAUUCUCUAAAUCUCAUUCUGAAUAAGAGCCAUUGAGCCUUAUUCUCCACUGCCUGGUACAUUAGGUUAUAUUCUGUCUCCUGCUCUGGCUGCUUUAUGCUACAGCAGCUUCAAAGCCAAGCUAGCCAACAAGCUAUCCAAGGAUUCCCCCAAGACAGGGGAAUCCCUCAGUGGCAUAGGGCUUGUGUAGCCAACUCGACACCACCUCUUCAUGCUCUAUGGGGAGUGGCUUAGGGAAAGGAAGCAUGGCUGGAUCACUGAUGAUCCAUGGCUGCCAGAAUGACUUCUUGGGCGCUGUGGUAGCUGCUCACAAGUCAAAGCAGCCAGUAGUACCAAACACCAGACAGCCCCAGGAUUGGGGGGAGGGAGCAAAGGAGUGUCAUAUAGUCAUCUUUGCUCCCCACCCUAUCUAGGGUACUGUGUUGAGCAGAACUUGACUGGAGCUAAAUGUUUAGUCAUUUACAUCUGUGCUAUCUGAGUCCAAAUCAGAGCAGUUGCAUUUUACUGCUACUGUGCACUGGUGUAAAUGAUUCCACAAGUUACAAAGCAGUGAAGAUUCAGGUCCAUUGCCUAAAAACUGGUCAUAGCACGGUGAUUUGUAAGAGCCCAGCCCUGCAAGGUUCUGAGUAAUUCUGAUGAGGUUUCUCAGAAUAUUGCUCUACUGCUGGUAAAAUCUAACAAUGAAAGAGCUUUCUUUCCUUUCAAAUAUACAUUGUUUUUUCAUGCAGCAGUCUGGGAGGAAAGAACACAGUGUCAAAUGAAAAGAUAUUUUAAGAGCCAUUUUUUUGAAACUGUCUUCUUGUGAAUUCAAUGCAAAUUUUAUAGAUUUGUUGUUGUUGUGGAUUCAAGUUCUAAAUUUUAUGUGAUAAAUCAUGGGACAAUGGGGCUGUCUUGGCACUAAACUUGGUGCUUAUUGAUUAUAAGAAAUCACAUCCUGUGAAAUAUUCAUAUAUCAAGAUCUUCAUUUACGUAUGAGUUUUUAAAAAGGUUUGUGAAUUAUAUUUCAUCUUAACAUCAUUUCUCAACUGAGGUGGCAAAAAAGUCCCUACAAAAUGUAAACUAAAUAAUUAUUAUUUAAUUAGAAAAUCAAUUCCUGUUCCUAGAUUAGCUGAACUUAAACUUCUGCUUGAGGUAAUCUAUUUUGCAAUUGCCCACCUUCCUUUGGUGAUGGCACAACUAAUCUAAAUAGCAUUCCACAACCACCCCCAUUCUCAUAAAAUGAAUAACUCUGUAGUUACAGUUCAGUGUAUUUAUCAACUUUAAGUGUUGUAUAUCUAUAAAAGAGACCAUCUGUAUCAUGUGCAAAGUUAGAUUCUCAACAAUCUAAUUGUAUAUUUGUAUAAUAUUGUAUCUCCUCGAUGCUGUGCAAUCACUGUCAACAUUUUUUUGCACUGGCCUUCUGAUGAAAAUGUUAAGAUGCCUAUUGUAAGAUAAGCAGAAAUUUUACCUGCUGUUAUUGGGCUGAAUGUAUGUAAAUAAAGUCAUCUGUACAAGCAGUGGCCUAAAAAGUCUGUCAUUUUAGGAUAGGACAAUUAUUGAAGUUGCUGUGACAUCUGAAAAGCUACCUAUGAAUAAACUAUUUAAAUGGCCUCUUGGGUUGCAGUGUCAUAGAGAAAGGAAAGUCUUUCUUUGUGACAAUAUGACUUAGAGAAAUUGGAUUACCAGAGCUUUUAUUUCCAAUGUUUCAAAGUGGAGCACAUAACUCUUUAUUGUCUGUAAAUCUAACAUUAUUACUUCCUCUUAGAAGAAUAUUGUAUUGUUAGAUGUUUGUUUGAGCUGGUAACAUCCUUGCAACUGCUGCAAUAUCUUUCUGUUAGCAACCUGUAUGAUACUUUGUACACAAGUACUGGUAAGAUUGUCAUUAACAGUAGCUUCGACCAUUUAACUACCUAUAGCAGAAUAGUAUUUCUGUAAUAUUUCCAAUGUAUUACUACCAUGCCAUAUUUUAUUUCUAUAAUGUAAUUAAACUGUUAUUUAUUCAAAGAGAAAGUAUUCCAUUAUGUUUGUUUUCCAAAAGUCAAAGUUACUGAGUGUAUUCCAGAAGAUGUCACUUCAUCCCA